CAAACUGUGUUACAAUUGCUUUUAGUUGUUUGUAGUUAUUUGAAAACGACUUUUGCCGGUUUAAAAACAGUCCCAAUCCCCUCUCAAUUUUUCCAUGAAAAGAUGGUAGACAGAUCCUUCUAGUGCUUGGAAAAAGGUCAUUAAGAAAAGGAUAAAUCAUAGAACUUCAACAUAGACACCAAAUUUUCAAGUCAUAAUCCCAUUCUGAUUAUAAAAUUUACUAACCCAAAAAGCAAAAGCAAAAACAAAAAUUGAAACACACCCUUCUCUCUUCGCAAGAAAAGUAAAGUUCUUUGGCAUCCUCCAACCUCAACUAUACAGCUGCACAUACUUCUUCUUCUUCAAUGGAUCGUCUGCUACUCUCUGCCUCUGUACUCACACUUCUCAUCCUCUCUUUCUUCUCAGAAGUGAACUCUGCCUCUUUCAAGCUAGUGAACAAGUGUCGGUACGAAGUAUGGCCCGGUGUGCUUUCCGGCGCGAACACGGCUCCGCUCUCCCCAACCGGCUUCGCGCUCAAGCCCGGCAAGUCCCGGACCCUAUCCGUGCCCAAAGCCUGGUCGGGUCGGAUCUGGGCCCGGACCCUCUGCACCGAGUACUCGCCCACCAACUUCUCCUGCGUAACAGGCGACUGUGGCUCCGGAAAAAUCGAGUGUGCCGGCAGCGGCGCGAAGCCCCCGGCUACCUUAGCCGAGUUCACUCUCAACGGCGCCGACGGCUUGGAUUUUUAUGACGUCAGCCUGGUGGACGGGUACAACCUGCCGAUGCUUGUGGUGCCACGUGGAGGUACAAGAGGGGGAUGCAGCGCCACGGGGUGUCUUGUGGACUUGAACGGCAAGUGUCCCAGGGCGUUGAGGGUCGCGCGCGAGGGUGGAGGGGGGAGAGUGGCGUGUAGGAGCGCGUGCGAAGCGUUUGGGGAUCCGCAGUUUUGUUGUAGUGAGGCGUACGCUACCCCCGACACGUGUCAACCCUCUGUGUUCUCGCUGUUCUUUAAGCAUGCUUGCCCACGCGCGUAUAGCUACGCGUAUGAUGACAAGACUAGCACUUACACGUGCGCCUCUGCAGACUACAUUAUCAUCUUCUGCCCUUUGCCUUAUACAAGGUACAAUUAUUAUUACAUGUUACUCAUAUGUUGUGAUGUGUUAUUUAAUUUUUCUAGUACAAAAUUUUACAUGGGAUAAUAUAAUAGGUUGUUAAUUAAUCAUGCUAUCACAUUAUAACAUAACAUGUCAAACUGUCUGUCAGAAUAGAACGAUUAUAAUUUAUACGAUUUGAAUCGUGCAAGAAAUGGACAUGUUGAAUUUUUUGUUAGGAAUUAUUUGAGCUAUGAAUGUGAGGGCCAUGUUGUAGGUGUGGGGUACAACUUACAAGCCCCUAAUUUGUGGCUUUUCACGAUUGCUUACAGCUAAUGGCAAUGUUUUUCAGCUGCCUCGAAAUCCUUACUAGUUUGCUAUUUUAGUGGCACAAAGAAAACAUAAAAUGAGAUUAAAGACAAAGAACAAGUUGAAUUUUCAAGUGGGGUUGUUUCUGAAUGACUAAACUAAUUAGUUCAUUCAAGGUUCAGCUAUAAGUCUUAUGAUCACAAUGUGGUCAAUAUAUAGCAGACAAAAUGAGUUGAAGGUUGACGUCUCUGCACAUCAUACAGUGCAUCAUUUUGUUUGUUAGUUUCUAUCUGGUUUGUCACUGUUUGAUAUAAUUUAAAUUGGCUUUGGGACAUCUGUGCUUAAAGAUAAUCAUAUUGUAUGCAUUUAUAUAUUAACAAUAUAUACGUAUUGUCCCGUCUCUUGUUUACCAGUGAUUUGGGAAUUGUUUACCAGUGAUUUGGGAAAGUUGCAUUAGUUGUUCAUGAGGAAGAUGUCAAGACCUAUCCCCCUUGAACACCAGAAUUGUUGAACCUGUACAACAAUUCAACUGCACCACUUGUUGUCUGUGAUUCAAUGUUGUCUCAUAUUCAAUUUCACUUUGUCGCAUUAUUACCUCAGGAUCAUGAACAGACCAAAUAUCUUUCUCUUCUCGUGAAGCCAUGU